AUGGCGGCGGAGCGCGCGGAGGCGGCGACGGGAGCGGGAGGCGCCGGGGGCGGCCCCGGGGAGCCCCUGAGGGACCCCCGCGCCGCGGAGCGCUCGCCCUACGCGGGCUGGGCCCACCCCGAGCUCCAGGCCACGCUGGCCGGGAUCGGAGCACCCGCGCAAGGGACCCGUGAGGAGCUGGUGGAGCGACUCCAGGCCUACACCCUGCAGACCGGGAUCGUGCUGAGCCGCCCUGCGGAGGGGGACAAGGCCCCGCCCCCCCAGCUGCCCCCAGCGCUGCCCCCGGGCCUGGGGCUGGGCUUUGGCUUGGGGGGUCCCGUGGGGGGGGUCCCGGUGCCCCCCCCGCCCCCUCCCGCGGGGAUGUCGGAGGAGGAGCGGCUGACGCUGGCCCAGCAGCAGGCGGCGCUGCUGCUGCAGGAGGAGCGGGCACAGGGCCAGCACCCGUUUGGGGACAAGGCCAAGGAGCAGGAGCUGCUGGAGCAGCAGAAACGGGCCGCGGUGCUGCUGGAGCAGGAGCGGCAGCAGCAGGAAAUGGCCGCGGUGCUGCUGGAGCAGGAGCGGCAGCAGCAGGAAAUGGCCAAGCUGAGCCCGGCCCCGCCCCGAGCCCCCCCCGAGGGGACUCCCCUGGCCAGGACCCCCCUGAACCCCCGAGGCAGCCCCAUGGGAGCCCCCCUGGCCAUGGGAGCCCCUCGGCCCCGCGGGCCCCCCCCACCCCCCGGGGAUGACAGCAGAGAGGAGGAGCCCGGGGUGGGCCCCAAGAUCCCGCAGGCGCUGGAGAAGAUCCUGCAGCUCAAGGAGAGCCGGCAGGAGGAGCUGGUGACAGCGCCGGGGGUGGCACCUGAGGACGAGAUGGAGACGGAGCUGCGAGCGUCGGCCUCGGCCUCCGAGGCUGAGGAGGACACGGGGACAUCCAAGAAGGAGCGGAACCGGAAGCGCCGGAACCGGAAGAAGAAGAAGCGCGGGAGGGGCGUGGCCAGGGAGGUGGCCCCGCCCCCGGCCCCGCCCCCCGCGGACGCCCCCGAGGUGGAGAUCGAGUACGUGAGCGAGGAGCCCGAGAUCUACGACCCCAACUUCGUGUUCUUCAAGAGGAUCUUCGAGGCCUUCAAGCUGACAGACGAGGUGAAGAAGGACAAGGAGAAGGAGCCGGAGCGGGCGGAGCGAGCCGAGAGCGCCGGAGCGCCCCGGAAAAAGGGACCCGAGGAUGGCACCAGGGGCAGCGAUGGGGACAGCUCUGAGGACGAGCAGGAGAAGAAGCAGGAGGUCCCCAAGCUGUCCAAGAAGAAACUGCGGCGCAUGAACAGGUUCACGGUGGCUGAGCUGAAGCAGCUGGUGGCCCGGCCGGACGUGGUGGAGAUGCACGAUGUCACCGCGCAGGACCCCAAGCUCCUGGUGCACCUCAAGGCCACGCGGAACUCGGUGCCGGUGCCGCGGCACUGGUGCUUCAAGAGGAAAUACCUGCAGGGCAAGAGGGGCAUCGAGAAACCUCCCUUCGAGCUGCCCGACUUCAUCAAACGGACAGGGAUCCAGGAGAUGAGGGAGGCCCUGCAGGAGAAGGAGGAGCAGAAGACCAUGAAGUCCAAGAUGCGGGAGAAGGUUCGGCCCAAGAUGGGCAAGAUCGACAUCGAUUACCAGAAGCUGCACGACGCCUUCUUCAAAUGGCAGACCAAGCCCAAGCUGACCAUCCACGGGGACCUCUACUACGAGGGGAAGGAGUUUGAGACGCGGCUCAAGGAGAAGAAGCCGGGAGAUCUCUCGGACGAGCUGAGGAUCGCGCUGGGCAUGCCCGUGGGGCCGAACGCGCACAAGGUGCCCCCCCCGUGGCUGAUCGCCAUGCAGCGCUACGGACCCCCCCCCUCGUACCCCAACCUCAAAAUCCCGGGGCUCAACUCCCCCAUCCCCGAGGGCUGCUCCUUCGGGUACCACGCCGGGGGCUGGGGGAAGCCGCCCGUGGACGAGACGGGGAAGCCGCUCUACGGAGACGUGUUCGGCACCAACGCCGCCGAGUUCCAGACCAAGGAGGAGGAGGAGGAGAUCGACAGAACCCCCUGGGGGGAGCUGGAGCCCUCGGACGAGGAAUCCUCAGAGGAGGAGGAGGAGGAGGAGAGUGAUGAAGAAAAACCUGAUGAGACUGGGUUCAUCACCCCUGCUGACAGUGGUCUGAUCACCCCCGGGGGUUUCUCCUCGGUGCCGGCCGGGAUGGAGACCCCGGAGCUGAUCGAGCUGCGCAAGAAGAAAAUCGAGGAGGCCAUGGACGGGAGUGAGACCCCCCAGCUGUUCACCGUGGUGCCCGAGAAACGAACGGCGACGGUGGGGACGGCGAUGAUGGGAUCUACACAUAUCUACGACAUGUCAGCGGUGAUGGGCCGCAAAGGCCCAGUGACAGAAGCCCAGGGCGUGGAGGUGGCGCUGGCCCCCGAGGAGCUGGAGCUGGACCCCACGGCCAUGACGCAGAAGUACGAGGAGCACGUGCGCGAGCAGCAGGCCCAGGUGGAGAAGGAGGAUUUCAGCGACAUGGUGGCCGAGCACGCCGCCAAGCAGAAGCAGAAGAAGCGGAAGGCGCAGCCCCAGGACGCCCGCGGGGGGGGCAAGAAGUACAAGGAGUUCAAGUUUUAGAUGUCACCGCUGUCCCCUCGCUGUCCCCUCGCUGUCACCUCGGUGUCACCUCCCUGUCACCCCCCUGUCACCUCCCUGUCACCCACAGGGCGCUGGUGCCACCCCAGGAUCGGAGGAUGUCACCCGGGGUGUUGGGGACAGUGCGGUGGCGCUGGGAUGGUGUGGUGGCACUGUCCCUGUCCCUGUCCUUGUCCCCAUCUUUGUCCCCAUCUUUGUCCCCAGCCUGUCCCCGCUGUUUUGUAAAUAAAAGGUGGCGUCCCCACCGCACCCUG